CUCAAUCGAUUCACGACCGUUUUGUAGUUGAGGGCAGUUGUCAAGAAACUAGUACAAUUAUUCCGAUGAUGGCUGCCAACGAUGUUGUGAUCUUACAGUCACCAGUUGAUAUAGACAAUAAGAGUCAUGUCAUAUCCCUAACACCCUCUCAGAUCAUUGUCGAAGGAUGUUGGCGAGCCGCUGGAGACGAUUCCGCAACCCCAGAACCUGUCUUUCGUCGUCUGAAUAACCUUCUAGAGCUCCAGGAAGUGAUCGGGGUACAGUUGGAACAGCAGCAUGUCAACAAAGAUCGGUUCAAGCGGAAAGAUGGCACCAAGGUCUACCUCUGCAUCGAGAUGCAGCAGAUGCAUUCCACUGCGUUCUGCGUGUACUACGUCAAGCGGCAGACCAAACAUAGGUGGCGCCACAAGAAGAUGGUGUUUAACUGUAAGGACCACAGCACAGCACAGAUGUGGGUGGACAAGAUUCUGUAUCUUCUACAGGGACCAGAAUUUCAUAGACCAAGGAGGCUGUUGGUGUUUGUGAACCCUUUUGGAGGCCGGAAGAAGGGACCAUCAGUGUACAACACGAAGGUGGCGCCAUUGUUCGAGUUGGCAGGGAUCAGCACAGAAGUCAUCAUGACGGAGAGGCAGAACCAUGCAAAAGAUGUCCUCCAGGACUACAACCUGGACUCCAUAGACGGGGUGGUGUGUGUGGGUGGUGACGGUACCUUCUCCGAGGUGUUGAAUGGUCUGCUGGACAGAUCCACCAAGGAAGGCGGGGUCAACCAGGAGACUCACCAUCAUCCCAUACAGCCAAAACUUCGUGUCGGUAUCAUUCCUGCAGGGUCGACUGAUGCUAUUGUGUAUACCAGCGUUGGAAUCAACGACCCAGUUACUUCAGCAAUACAUAUCAUUAUAGGUGACUCAGUUGGGAUGGAUGUGUGUGCACUGUACAACAGGGACCAGUUUAUCAAGUACAGUGUGUCCAUGAUUGCCUAUGGUUACUAUGGCGACCUCUUGGAAGACAGUAUGGGGCUCCGGUGGAUGGGUCCAGCCAGAUACAACUGGUGUGGUUUCAAGAAGUUUCUCGCCAACAACUCCUACGAAGGGGAAGUAUCCUUCCUGCUCUCUGCGGAGAGUGAAAGUCAUCCCCGUGAUGGGACCAGGUGUAAUGCAGGGUGUAAUGUAUGUGCCAAAGCAACAGAGAGGAACAGGGAUCACAGUGUAUCAGGUGUCACACGGCCAUUUUCACCAGGAGCAGAUGGCUGGCACAAGGUGCGUGGCAGGUUUGUUGGCAUCAACUCAUUCAGUAUGAGUUGUCGCACCGGCAUGACGCCGGAAGGAGUGUCUCCAGCGACUCACCUCGGCGAUGGCUGUCUUGACCUCUGCAUCAUCUACAACUGCUCUCGUAUUGACUUCCUCCGACAUCUACAUCGGUGUGCUGACAAACAAGCGGACCAGUUUGACUUCAACUUCAUCCAGGUGUACCGUGUCAAAGAGUUCCGAUUCCAGCCUCUCUUUGACUCGGACAUUGAGGAAGCGGAGGAGGCCACAGCCUCGGCCUCUGUCCUGAGGAACCGUCUCGGUCACAAACAGCUCAAGUCCCCCCACAACAGUGUGUGGAACAUUGACGGGGAGCUUGUCACAUCUCCAACUGUUCAUGUCAGGGUACACACACAGCUCAUCUCACUGUUUGCUAGAGGUGUGGAGAAGCUCGGCAAAGACCCGGUGCUCAACUGUCCUCCUUGCUGCUCCAGCUGUGAAUAGUGAAGAUGUGAAUAGCGAAGAUGUGAAUAGUGAAGAUGUGAACAGUGAUUGCUUGAACUAUCUAUUGAACACGCCGCAGGAACAUCUGAACCGUCAACACACAUCACAUGGACACGCCCUCCAUCUCGUCUCGGAUAUCACCUGAACCUGCAAUAUGUUUAUUAACAGAUAUUCCAUUGGCUUGAGAUAUGGUUUUAACAGAUUUCCCUAGAGCUUGAGAUAUGGUUAUUUACAGAUAUAACACGAGCUUAAGUUGAAAUAUUGUUAUUAACAAAUAUUGCCUGAGCUGGUGAGGUGGUUAUUUACAGAUAUAACUUGAACUUGCAGUGUGAUUAUUUACAGAUAUUACAUGAGCUUAUAUUGAGAUAUGGUUAUUGACAUAUAUCACAUGAGCUUGUGAUAUGGAUAGUAACAGAUAUCACAUACGCUUGUGUCAUGGAUAUCAACUGUCAGGAUAUAAUAAUGGUGGGCUUCAGAUGCACAUUGAGAAAUGUAUAGUGAAGAUGCAGAAGAGCUGUGUCAACUUUUCUGUUAUGUUAGAGACCAGUUCAAAAGUUUGAUGGUGGAUAAAUAUCUUAGUUCCUUAAGUUUAGGGGGGAUGGAGGGCAUAUCUGACAAAAUCAACUUGAUUUCUCAAUGUCUUAUAUAGUAACUAAACUAAGCAGAACCUCUGAUCCUAUAUUCACCAUGAGAUUGUGACCUCCGUCAGGACGAGUUGAGAGAAAGAAGCAGUUAACUCGGCUCCCAAGCUCUUCGCACCACUGGUAAUGUAAACUAUGCCACAUCAGAAUCUACCAGGCAUAUGCUGUUCGGAGUUGUCAGGAAGUAUAUCCCGUCUUUUUUUUUCCCAUCGCCAUCUACAUGACAGUGUGUUUUUGAGUAUAACAAGGAAUGCAACAUUUUCAGAAUUAAGUUUUUCGUGGUGUGGGGGUAUGUCGCAAAACUUAAGGAAUUAAGUUUUUUAUCCUACAUGGAACUUUGGAACUGGUCCCGUGCAGUUACUACCAACACCCUACUUUUAAACCAACUUGAGAAGUACCAGGACAUACCUUUGUCGAUACAUUCAGAGCUGCCCACCUUUGCGAUAAUUAGUGAGUUCCUUAGACGCUUAUAGAGUUCAUGACUCUGAGUGCGUGAUGGGCACAUCUUUUCUCUGUUGAUCCAGAAAUGAUGUAGAUAGGGAAUUCCGUCAAUCUCAUUAAAAUCAGAUCUUAGUUCUUGCUACCGCUAAACAAAGAUCUGAGGACAUCCCAUUACGGGUCACGUCAGACCGAACUUGUGCGAACUUUGACCGACCAAUGGAAGGACUGACAAGAAGUCGACAUUAGCCAAUCAGAAGGCAGCUUUCUCGUGCUUUACGGCACUGAUUUCAAAUUGGCAACUAAGCUUCGAACCAUAUUGCUGACA